AUGCCUCUGGCAGUGCUUACGCCUCUGGCUCUGGCAGUGCUUAUGGCUCUGGCAGCGCUUAUGCCUCUGGCUCUGGCCUCGCUGUUGGCGGCGGCAGUGCUUACGGCUCUGGGCUCGCUGUGGGUGGACUUGGCCUUUCAAGCGGUCUUGGACUCUCAAGCGGACUUGGCCUCUCAAGUGGACUUGAUUGGCAGCGGAAAUUCUGGCUACAGCGUCGUGUCUGGCGGUCCUUUGGCUGUCACUGCCAUCUCCCCCAUCGGUCCCAGCGGUCUUGCCGUCGCUUCUGAGAACGCCAUCGAAGGAAACCUGCUGGUGACCGGUCAGUUGCCGUUCCUGAGCGCUGUGGCCUUCGAAGGCGCCCUGCCCACUGCUGGGUCUGGUGUGGCCACUUGUGGAUGCGGCAGUGGACAGGUUGGCAUCGUUAGCGAAGGUUUCGGCCGCCCCUCCAUCUACUACUGA